CUUGCGUUGACCGGAAUGUUCGACGAGAGAUUUCUGCGAUCCUCCAAGGGAACAACGUUGAGUAUCCCGACAUCUCAUCCAUCAUAGCGACUGUAGACAUUGCACUUGGCCAAGACCUGUUGAUAUCCUUUUUCUGUUUUUCUCAAAUGGGCGUGAAUAUCCUUCUCGUCGGUGCCGGGGCUGUUGGAGCGUUCUACGCAUCUCGGCUUCAUCAGCCUGAAAAAGGUGUGCACGUCUCUGUGGUUUGUCGGUCCAACUACAAAGCAGUACUAGCAUCCGGGUUUCAGUUGAAAACCCGCGCUUUCGGCGAGUACACGUUCAAACCCCAAGCUGUCUUCCCCUCUUGCAAAGCGGCUGCAGAGGCAAAUCCAAGCAUAGUGUACGACUACGUUGUAAUAGCAACCAAAGCCCUUCCCGAUAUCGACGACGAACCACAAGAGGUCGCGCCAGUGGUGACACCGGGGAGAAGCUCAAUCGUGUUGAUUCAAAAUGGUGUCGGGAUUGAAGCACCUCAUCGAGCCCGGUUUCCAGCAAACCCAAUCUUAUCUGCUGUAACAGUCAUAUCAGCCGCACAAACGGAACCGGGUGUCGUUGUGCAACAUCGCUGGACCCGCAUCUCCAUUGGUCCCUUUAGUGGAGACGAAGAUUCUUCCUUAGCACAGUCUACGAUCAAUCAGCGCGAUCAAUAUGCGCAAAGCUCGUUAGAGCGUCUCGUAGCGAUUUUCCACGAUGGUGGCAUAUCGGACGCAGAAGGUUGGGAUACCAUUCAAAUCCAAUUGGUGCGGUGGCACAAGAUUGCCAUCAAUGCAGCAUUCAAUCCCUCUUCCGUAUUGUCUGGUGGAUGGGGAAAUGCCGAUAUGGUCAACGAUUCUGAACUGCGGCAGCAUACUCGUGGCUGCAUGCAAGAAGUCUUUGAUGCGGCUCGUAAAAUAUUUGGACGUCCAUUCCCGUCGGACCUAGCCACCAUUGAUGCCAUUAUCCGGUCUACGGAGCGAAACAAGGGAUCCAAGCCUAGCAUGUUGUUGGAUUGGGAGGCAGGGAGACCAAUGGAGCUUGAAGUGAUCUUGGGGAACCCGAUUAGAAUCGCUCAGAGAUAUGGCAUUCAGAUGCCGCGACUGCAAACAAUGUAUGGAUUACUGAGAAUGGCAGCACAAAAGCGGGGUAUCCAGCGACCGCGGGAGGCGACACCAUCUACGGCCAAAUUAUAGUUUCCUUCUUUCCAAUUCAAUGUUUCUUAUGCCAUUAUGUAUUUUACUGAUGAGAAAAAACAAAGAGUUGAUCCGACUGGCUCAACCAGCAUCUGAUCAGCGCUUUUGCUGCAAGAACAAGUCGUUGCGACCCUCCUCUUCUCCAAACGCAGCUAGAAUAAAUAAACCCUUCCUG